AUCUCCAAUCAACCUACGUAUUGUGCCAUCCGACAACUUUAUUGAAAACUCGAGCUUACUUGAACAAUACACUUGAACAUACCUCAGCUGAGAUAUUCUCUAGCCUUGCUCCUCUCCAACCCCCCGAACACCAAAUCUCCUCCUCACACUCCCUCCAAGAUGUCGCAAGUCCACGCCUUGUCCGACGACCAGGUCGGGCAGGAGCUCCGCAAGAUGACGGCCUUCAUCAAGCAGGAGGCCCUCGAGAAGGCGCGUGAGAUCGAGAUCAAGGCAAACGAGGAAUUCAGCAUCGAGAAGUCCAAGCUAGUGCGCCAGGAAACCGACGCCAUCGAUGCCGCUCACGCCAAGCGCCUCAAGCAAGCCGCCAUGUCCCAGCAGAUCACCCGCUCCACCUUCGCCAACAAGUCCCGUCUCAAGGUCCUCGCCGCCCGCCAGCAGCUCCUCGACGACAUCUUCACAGCCGCCUCCAAGCGUCUCAACGAGGGCACGAAAGACACCGCCAACUACCGCACCAUCCUCAAGAAUCUACUCCUCGAGGGCCUAUACGACCUCUUCGAGCCCGAAGUCCAGGUCCGCGCCAGAAAGGCCGACUACGACAUCCUGAAAGAUGCUAUCAAGGAAGCCGAGAGCGAGUAUAAGAGCAAUACGGGUAAGGAGACUAAGGUUACGAUCGACGAGGAUAACCCGUUACCCGAGGAAAGCUCCGGCGGACUAUUUAUUGUAGGUGGCCAGGGCAAGAUCGAGAUCAACAACACCUUUGACCAGAGACUGCUACUCCUACAAAGCAGUGCCCUCCCCGCCGUGCGAGAGGCGCUGUUCGGCAAGAACCCCAACCGCAAGUUCUACGAUUAAGCAGAGAACCUCGCAUCGAUGUUUAACUUCACUCAUGAGCGCUAACACAAAACACAUGUCAAUAACGCUGGACGUCGGCAAAGCAGAGAAGGGGACGGGCAGAGUAUUAUGCUUAGGUAGCGUUAUACUAUUCUUCCCGUCUAGAGGGGUUUUUUUUAUAAGGAAUAGUCAGUCGCGUUUUGGGCACGGAAUCUAGAGCCGUGCUAUUAUUUAUUGAUGGUGCUCACUAGAAGGCUGCUUGCUGUAUAUCAUAAGGCGUUGCAGGAACGUCGGCAUCAAUAAAACACCAAUUUAUCCUCUAUAUUACCAAUA